AGCCGUACUGCUGAGGACAGACAGUGCUGACAAGAUGAUGCUGCACUUUGUGAAUGUUUUCCUGCUCUGGUCUUUGAGUGCUGCACAGCUAAGCGACAUCUCUCAGCCUGUUGCGUUCCAAGCAGUGAAGCUCGGAGACUCGGCGACCAUUGAAUGUCACAUAAAGAGUGAACUGAAAAAAAGAGUGUGGUACAGAUACACUCCAGGCGAGGGACUACAGCUUGUGGCGGCAUUCAAUUAUUUCUACAACCAGACUGUAUUUGCUGAUGAAUCUCAUUUCCGUUAUUCAGUCAAGUUUGACAGAAUCAACAGUCAUCUGAGCAUAUCUGCAACAACAUGGGAAGACGCGGGAACAUACUUCUGCGGAGUCUUGCAGUUCAAAGACAUUCAAUUUGGAUCAGGAACCUUUUUGAUGCUGAAAGGUGCAAACGUGAUGAGUGAAUCUAAAUCAGUCCAGCCAGGAGACUCUGUGUCUCUCAGCUGUUCCGUUCAAACUGGCCGGUGUGCAGCACAACACACUAGUCAUCACUCGGCUCCACAAUUGAUGUACUCCUCUGGAGAGAAGACCGUUCAGAGUGAAGGGACUACCUGCCUGUACAGCCAUCUCAUGAGGAACCGUAGCUCCGAUGACGCUGGAACCUACUUCUGUAUUGUGACUUCAUGUGGACAGACACUGCUUGGAAAUGGGACCAGGAUUAAUAUUCACAACAAUGCUGUCACCAAACCAGCUGAGCUGAGUCCAGCAGUUAUUGCUCUGAUGCUGUCAAACAUCAUUCUGGGGAUUGUGACACUCGUCCUUACAUGGACACUAUGCAAGAGUCGGAGAAAAUAUUCCUCAGAGGCAACUGAUGGGUCUUCUGAAGGCCACCAGAUGGGUGAUGCACUUAUCUAUGCACCUGUGUGUUUGGUCCCCAGAAGCCUCCCGCCCACUCAAGCUUCAGUGAAAUACAGUGGAGUCAUUUAUUCUGACAUCACACACUGUCAAAGGAACCGAAAAGUUUCAUCUCUGCAAUGCAGACAAACCAGGGAUAUUGAAGACUGAUGGAGUAGGAACUGCUGAGCUGUACAUAAACAAG